UAACUCACAUGAGGAUGAAGGACAAGGAAAGAAAGCAACAGGCCAUUUAUAGAUUACUUGGGCUUCUGCUGAAAUGGGAUGGGAUAUCUUUAUUUUGCCUGCAACUGCAAGUGUUUGAUUGUCACCGUUGGGUGUAUAUUAUAUUAUGUCCACAAAUAAAGAAAGCAGGUAGCGAGCAAAGCCAAUGGGAGGGAAAAGCCGAGAGCCGUUGACUGGUUGGUGCUCGGUGCCAUUGCCACUGGAAAUGAGCCGUUGACUGGUACUUGGUAGUUGACUGGAAGUGGAACCCCAAAGGAAAGCCAAACAUGAGCUUCCAAGACGUUCAAACUGGUGGUGGUGCUCGGUCCUCAUCUUCAUCAUACAUGGCGUCCAAGAGCCCCUCACAAGCUGUGGCAGCUGGUAUCUUCCAGAUCAACACUGCCGUUGCUGCUUUCCGUCGCCUCGUGGAUGCCAUCGGCACCGCCAAGGAUACUCCCGAUCAUCGCCUAAAAUUGCACAAUACCAGGCAAAGAAUACUGCAACUAGUGAAGGAAACUUCGGCUAAGCUCAAGGCUUUGACUGAACCCGAUCAUGACCCUACUGUCAAUCCGAGUAAAAAGGUAGAAGAUGCAAAGCUGGCUAGAGAUUUUCAGAACACGCUCCAAGAGUUCCAGAAAGUUCAGCAACUGGCCUCUGAACGCGAGUCUACUUACUCUCCUGCACCCCCUCCACCCUCCUUGCCCACAACCAGCUCUGGCUCCGAUGAGUCGUUGCCUCAAGAGAAACAACCUUUACUUAUGGAACAGAGAAGGCAAGAAGUAAUUUUGCUGGAUAAUGAAAUUGGCUUCAACGAAGCUAUGAUUGAUGAAAGAGAACAGGGUAUCAGAGAAGUAGAGGAUCAAAUAGGACAAGUAAAUGAAAUAUUUAAGGACCUUGCUGUUCUUGUCCAUGAGCAGGGUGUGGUCAUUGAUGACAUUUCAUCAAACAUAGAUGCUUCCUCUGUUUCAACAAUCCAGGCUAGAGGUCAACUAGCCAAGGCUUCCAAUAGUGUUAAACCUCGAACCUCAUGGUGCUGGUGGGUGCUGGUAAUUUUAGUGGUGCUGCUGGUAAUCUUUCUCCUUAUUCUUAUCAUAUAGAUCUUAUGAAAUUAUUAUCACAAUAGGGAGUGCAAUACAGGGUUUGUCUGUCAUUAUAUAUAUUCCUUUCCGGUUGGUGUGAAAUCCAGGUGCAAGUUUUUUGUUUGGGCGCUUGAGAUUAUUUAAUAAUAUAAAAUGUUUGAGAAA